GCUUGCCUGAGACGAAAACCGUGCCGCCUCUGAUACCAGUGUAUGGGGGUUUCAAGAACAGAGGAUGAAGAAGACAGAGAACGUUUCUAGGAAUUUUAGGGCUCCAAAGAUCCGUUGAAUAACGGAAUUCAACGGAUCUUUUUCGAUCAGUGGAAUUGCCCUGCCAUUACUCUUGAAAUUACUCCUUCUGUAACGGAGUGACCGUUACUGUGGUUCCGUGAUGAGGCCGGAUGGCCAUCUCACCAACACUAGCAUGGAUCCCAGACUGUAUCGUGCCGCAGUUGAAGGAGACAUCUCUCUCCUUGGUGAGGUGGUUGCAGAGCAUCCAGAGCUACUCCUUCACAACAUUACAACCCAAAAGAACAACGUUCUUCACAUCGCAGUAAGAUCAAGUACUCACAACAAGGAAUUCGUAAAACAUGUAAUUGAGCAGUGUCCAUCUAUUUUGGCAGAGCCAAACUCCAAUGGUGAGACUCCACUUCACAUUGCAGCAAAGCAAGGCAUCUUAGAAAUGCUUUACUUUUUGGUUCAAUGCUUAAGCAAUGUCAAUGUGAUCAGUGGGAAAGCUACUACGGAGCUGAGGAAGAUGAAGAAGAUGGUUGAUGAGUAUGAUCUUGAAAGGGGAGGCCCACUUCGCGCUGUGCCUCAUAUCUUAGAAGCUUCUCCUUUGUCUGUCUACUCUGACUUGGCUCGCAGAACGACUUUGCAUCGAGCAAUAAUCGCUAAUAGUCCAGAUUCAUGUAUAUGGGCAGAAACAUUUCCAGAGAUGAUAAAGGAAAAGGAUGAAUUUGGUUGGACUCCAUUGCAUUACGCUUCCCACCUUGGUUUCUCCCACUCUGUUCGCAGUUUGCUGGUUACUGAUAAAUCUUGUGCUUAUGAGCCUGACAAUAGUGGAAUGUAUGGCCAUCUUAUUGCUACUCAUAAAGGCCAUGUCGCUGUAAUUAGGGAGUUCUACGAGCAUUGUCCAGAUUGUUUUGAAUUGCUUGAGAGUCGUGGCCGGGCGGCACUUCACAUUGCUGCAGAGAUUGGAAAAUAUGAGGUUGUUAUGUUUCUUCUGGAGAAAACUCAUCAUCAAAUCAAUAUGCAAGACAACAGCGGAUACACACCUUUGCUUCUGGCAUAUGAAAACCAAAAUGAACAUAUUUUGACAAGAUUAAGAAAUCACCCUAAAGUUAAUGGAAGCGACAAACUUGGACACCAAUUGGAGGCUUUACAUGUUGCUAAUGAGGGAAAAGCUCAAAUACUGCAAUUACCAUCCAAAGAAAAUGAGGCUGGAGAAGCAAGAAAGGAUGAUGUAUCUCGUCGCCUGAAGGACAAAGCAAAUAUCCAUUUGUUGGUGGCAACACUUAUAGCCACAGUAAGCUUUGCAGCUGGUAUCAACAUGCCUGGUGGGUACAAAGGUGAUGGUCCAUAUCAAGGAAUGGCUAGCUUAACAAACAAGGCAGCUUUCCAAGUAUUCGUGGUGUCAAAUUCUUUAGCUUUCUGUUUCUCAGCUGCCUCUGUUGCAAUCCACUUCAUGAUCAUUAUUGAGCGUCGUGUUAUCAACCGUGCUGUUUUGCUUUUGUGUGCUCUGUUUUUAACUUCCGUGGGCCUUAUAGGAAUGGUAACAGCAUUCAUUUCAGCCAUGAUUGCAGUGUUAGCUGCCUCUGUCACUCUCUGGGUAGCCUCUUCUAUUGUUGGUUGCUGCCUUUUCUUGGUUUUCUAUUUGAUCAUAGGACCACCUUUCAGAAACAGAACAGCGUCAGUUGAUGUGAACAAACUUCAGCAAGCAGGAAACGGGAAAGAGAAAGACCCAUUUGUAUUAUUAAACAUAAAUGAAGUUCAUGUCAAGGAAGAUGUAAGCAGCUCGUUUUGCCGCCCAUUUCUAUUCGAACUUAUCGGGGCUUUGAUUUCACAAACACCAACUUUCGCAAACACCAAAUUUCGCAAACGCCAACUCUGGGGUACAAACUCCAAUGGUGAGACUCCACUUCAUAUUGCAGCAAAGGAAGGCCUCUUACGAAUGCUUUACUUUAUGGUUAUAUGCUUAUGCAAUGUCAAUGUUGGUGCAAAAGCUACCGAGGAGCUGUUGAAGAUGAAGUUGUUGGUAGAUGAAGACCCUUUCUCUUAUGAUGUUGAAAGGGGACCGGAAGCCGAAUUUCACUAUUUCCAAACAAAAUUCAAAGGCCCAAUUCGCACUGUGCCUCAUAUCUUACAAGCUUCUCCUUUGUCUGUCUACUCCGGCUCGGCUGCCAGAACCACUUUGCAUCAAGCAAUUAUUGCCAAUAAUGGUUUAGAUAUAUGUGUAUGGGCAGAAACAUUUCCUGAGAUGAUAAAGAAAAAAGAUGCAUUUGGUUGGACUCCAUUGCAUUACGCUUCUUACUUUGGUUUCUCCCACUCUGUUCGCAUUUUGCUGGGUAUUGAUAAAUCUUGUGCUUAUGAGCCUAACAAGAGUGGAAUGUAUGGCCAUCUCAUUGCUGCUCAUGAAGGCCAUGACUCUGUAAUCAGGGAGUUCUACGAGCAUUGUCCAGAUUGUUUUGAAUUGCUUGAUAGUCAAGGCCGGGCUGCACUUCACAUUUCUGCGGAGUCUGGAGAAUCCAAUGAGGUUGUUUACUUUCUCCUACAGAAAACACAUCAUCAUAUCAAUUUGCAGGACGAUAGAGGAUACACACCUUUUCUUCUAGCAUCUAAAAGCCAAAAUCAAAGUAUUUUGGAAAGUCUAAGAAAUCACCCUAAAAUUCAUGGGAUUGGGAGCGGCAUAUUUGAACGCCAAGUGGAGGCUUUUCUUGUUGCUAAUGAGGAUGAAACAGCAACAUCCCUGGAAAUCAAAGUCCCACAGAAUUCCAAGAAAGCAAAGCAAAAGGUUGGAGCAUCUCAAAUAUGGCAAUUACAAUCCAAAGGAAAUGAGGCCGGAGAAGCAAGAAAGGAUGACAUAUCUCGUCGCCUAAAGGACAAAGCGAGUAUCCAUUUGUUGGUGGCAACACUUAUAGCCACAGUAAGCUUUGCAGCUGGUAUCAACAUGCCUGGUGGGUACAAAGGUGAUGGUCCAUAUCAAGGAAUGGCUAACUUAACAAAGAAACCAGUUUUCCAAGUAUUCGUGGUCUCAAACUCUCUAGCUUUCUGUUUCUCAGCUGCCUCCAUUGCAAUCCACUUCAUGAUUAUUAUUGAGCGUCGUGUUAUAAACAGGGCAGUUUUACUUUUGUGUGCUCUGUUUCUAACUUUCGUCGGCCUUGUAGGAAUGGUAACAGCAUUCAUUUCAGGCAUGAUUGCAGUGUUAGCUGCCUCCGUUGCUGUCUGGGUAACCUUUUCUAUAAUUGGUUGCUGCUUUUUCUUGGUUUUAUAUGUGAUCAUAGGACCACCUUUCAGAAACAGAAGAGUGUCUGUGGAUGUCAACAAACUUCAGCGAGCAGGAGAUGGGCAAGAGAAAGAUCCAUCUGUAUCAGAAAACAUCAAUGAACUUCAUGACAAGGAAGAUGAAAGCCAGUUUCUAUACAAACUUACUCAUGUUUUGCUUCGAGGUGAUCAGAGAUUAACUUCUUUGUUUGAGCCUACUCCUAUGCUUUGGGACUGUUACCCUCUUCUUCUUCCUUCCCUCAAAAAAUUCCUCUUUUUCAGGAAGCCCAUCAGUAUGGAUCCCAGACUGUAUCAUGCCGCAGUUGAAGGGGACAUAUCUCUCCUUCGUGAGGUGAUUGCGAAGUGUCCGAGUCGAGUCAAACCAGAGCUGCUACUCCUUCAUAACAUCACAACCCAAAAGAACAAUGUUCUUCACAUUGCAGUAAGAUCAAGUCACAAGGAAUUCAUAACACAUGUAAUUCGCCAGUGUCCAUCAAUUUUAGCUCAGCCAAACUCCAAUGGUGACACCCCAGUUCACAUUGCAGCAAAGGAAGGCAUCUUAGAAAUGAUUUACUUUCUGGUUCAAUGCUUAAGCAAUGUCAAUGUGAUCAGUGGGAAAGCUACUAAGGAGCUGACGAAGAUGAAGAAGAUGAUCGAUGAGUACGAUCUUGAUAGGGGAGGCCCACUUCGCGCUGUGCCUCAUAUCUUAGAAGCGUCUCCUUUGUCUGUUUAUUCUGACUUGUCUGGCAGAACGACUUUGCAUCGAGCGAUAUUCGCUAAUAGCUUAGAUAACGAGGUACGCGUAUGGGCAGAAACAUUUCCGGAGAUGAUAAAGAAAAAAGAUGUAUAUGGUUGGACUCCAUUACAUUAUGCUUCCCACUUUGGUUUCUUCAACUAUGUUUGCAUUUUGCUGGCUACUGAUAAAUCUAGUGCUUAUGAGCCUGAUAAGAGUGGAAUGUAUGGUCAUCUUAUUGCUGCUCAGAAAGGCAAUGCCUCUGUAAUCAAGGAGUACUACGAGCAUUGCCCAGAUUGUUUUGAAUUGCUUGAUAGUCAAGGCCGGGCUGCACUUCACAUUGCUGCAGAGGCUGAAGAAUUUGAGGUUGUUCGGUUUCUUCUAGAGAAAACUCAUCAUCAUAUCAAUUUGCAGGACAACAGAGGAUACACACCUUUGCUUCUAGCAUCUAAAAACCAAAAUGAAGGUAUUUUGGCAAGUCUAAGAAAUCACCCUAAACUUCAUGGGAACGCUGUACUCGGACGCCAAUUGGAGGCUAUUCAUGUUGCUAAUGAGAUGCAGAUGCCUAUACAACUGCAAUUUGAAGCUAAUUGUGAGAAACAUGGUGGCACAAAAACUUGCCAUAUUGGAACUCCAAUGGACACAAAGAAAGCGAUGCAAAAGGUAGAAACGCAUCAAAGCUUGGAGAUAAUAUCUAGAGCAGAAGAUGAAACACUAGCAUCCCAAAAGCUUGGAACACAUCAAAGCUGGGAAAUAGUAUCUUCGACAUCCCAGGAAAUCAAAGUCCCAAGGGAUUCCAAGAAAGCCAUGCAAAAAGUUGAAGCAUCUCAAAUACUGCAAUUACCAUCCAAAGAAAAUGAGACUGGAGAAGCAAGAAAGGAUGAUGUAUCUCGCCGUCUAAAGGACAAAGCGAGUAUCCAUUUGUUGGUGGCAACACUUACAGCAACAGUAAGCUUUGCAGCUGGUAUCAAUGUGCCUGGUGGGUACAAAGGUAAAGGUCCAUAUCAAGGAAUGGCUAACUUAACAAAGAAGGCAGCUUUCCAAGUAUUUGUGGUGUCAAACUCUCUAGCUUUCUGUUUCUCAGCUGCCUCCAUUGCAAUCCACUUCAUGAUUAUUAUUGAGCGCCGUGUUAUAAACAGGGCAGUUUUACUUUUGUGUGCUCUGUUUCUAACUUUCGUCGGCCUUGUAGGAAUGGUAACAGCAUUCAUUUCAGGCACAAUUGCAGUGUUAGCUGCCUCCGUUGCUGUCUGGGUAGCCUCGUCUAUAGUUGGUUGCUGCUUUUUCUUGGUUUUAUAUGUGAUCAUAGGACCACCUUUCAGAAACGGAAGAGUAUCAGUGGAUGUUAAGGAAGAUGAGAGCCAGUUUUUAUACAAACUUACUAGUGCUUUGCUUUCAUGGUCAAGAACCAGUGGUACAUGAGCAUGAACAAAUUGGUGAUUGAUUUUCUUUUUAUUUUUGAGCUUUUCCUUUCUUCAUAACUAUUUUAUGGUUGCGUUUUGUGUAUCUAAAGAUCAAACUAUUUUAUCUACAGCCAAUGAAAUGUAUAUGUAACAAGAUAUGCCAGUAACAUGCUUAGAGCAUAUUACCAAUAAAAUGUAUACCUUAUUGGGAUAUUGAGUCAAUAUUUUUGCGUGGA